UAUUACGAUAAUUAGUAAUGGGUUUGUCCAUAUAGUUUUAAGUGUACAUGUGGAAGCUGUUGUGUAAAAAUAGGAAUAAUAUCAAAUUAAACUUUAAAAAACAUAUGUGAUUUAAUUGCACAAUGGACGCUUAGUACUUUCCAGCCUAUAACUUAUAAUGGACAACAUAAAGCAUAUAGUUCUAAAUUUUUGUUUUAUGUAUCUGGAUAAGAAUUUCAGUUUGAACCUGGUUUUAAUUUCAUUGAUCAACAUUCGCAUACUUUGAUAUUGGAAAAAAAUUGAGGACUGGAAUAAGAUCAGUUAAUUACUAAGUUAAUAAAAAUGCAAAUGAAGGUUUUGAAAGCAGCGAUUAUCGCAGCUGGAAUAAUAAUCAUUAUUUCCUAUUUGAUGAAUACAUUAUUCAGAAACAACUAUUAUUCCAAUGGAAAAGAUGCGUUUCAUAAGGUCACUAUGACAACCGUUGGAUUAUUGAAACCAAACUCUUUUGAAUCAUGGCUUUCGUUCUGGGGACCACACAUGUUAAUCUUAUCUAAUCGACAAAAGGCAAAGGGAUCAAAAAUUGAAGGACACAUUUGGAGUCACAGAAAUAGUAACUUUUUACGUAAAUCACAACUUCUUGCUUAUUAUAGACAUAUCAUGAAAUAUAGACACACAAUCAGGAGAAUUUGUGAAAUAGGAUUUAAUGGUGGCCAUUCAGCUCUCAUGUGGGCUAUUCUGUUUAAAGGAAAUAUUGAUAUAGUGGUAUUUGAUACGUGCAUUGAUAAACGAUGCGAUAUCGGGGAAGAAUUAAUUCGUGAAAUGUUUCCAAAAAUCAGGCUCAAAGUUGUACGAGGAGAUUCAACAAAAACAGUUCCUAUAUAUCGUCAUAAUAAUCCUAAUGUAAAAUGUGAUUUUAUAUCAAUUGAUGGCGGACAUCUUGGCGAAGUACCGAAGACCGAUUUGCUUUAUAUGCAGUAUCUAGCGGCAGACAACAACAUAAUUGUAAUGGAUGAUGUCAACAUAAAGUCGAAUGAAACCUUCGAAAAAACAGUUGGAAAAGCCUGGAAAUAUGCAAUUACAAACAAACUCGUUAAACAAAUUGGAGAAUGCAAUCCCUGCACAACAGAUUUUACGACAACUUGUCAAUUUUGUUUCGGGAAGUAUUUAAAGAAUAUGAUUUAACUAGAUGAAGAGUUUUUGAUCAAUUCUAAAACCUUUAAAGAUGAUGU